AUGUCGUCCGCCGUAGCAGACCUGGAGAACAGCCUCCAGGCCAUGCUUGGCCUCAAGCCUCCCGGCGUCUCUGGAUCCAAGAUCAGCCAUUUGACCAGUCUCUGCAUCGCCAACGUUCAGUUCUCGUUCAGAAGAUCUACACCCACUUCAAGAAAGCCCCCCAGUACACAUAAGCUUGGUGUCCUCUACGUUGUAGACUCUGUAACCCGCAAAUGGUUGGAACAGGCCAAACAGCAGGGCCAGCCCGUCGGCAGCUCCGCCCCAGAUGGCAGCUUCGCCGCCGGCGUCAACAGGGUGACGGAACUCAUGCCAGUCCUGAUGAACGAUAUUACUUCCUCCGCCCCACAGGAUCAGAGGGAGAAGAUCAGAAAGCUGGUCGACAUCUGGGAGAAGGGACAGACCUUCCCUGGCAAGAUGAUCGAGGGCUUCAAAGACAAGCUGAACAACCAAUCUACGACUCCUCCAGGCAGCCCACCAGCCAACACGCUGCACUCGCUCAGCAACCGGCCAACCCCAGCCCCACCGGCAGUUCCAGCCAACAUCAUGGAAACUCUGGCGAACAUCGCCCGCCAGAAUGCCAACAAUCCUCAGAAGACUCCGGCCACCUCUGCUCCGGCACCAGCUCCGGUCUCUACUGCGUUUCCCGCCGCCGGACCCCCCAGUAACCCUGCAGCUCCCCCGUCCUUCAUGAACUCUCUACAGCAGGGCAUGCCCUUCCUGCCAACAUCACAGCCUCCUACCGCUCCGCCUGUAAAUCCGCCUGCGCUGCCAUUCAUGGCACCUCAGCCUCCGGCUCAGCCUCAGCCUGCGCAGGUGCCCAACUAUGGCGCUCAGAAUGGUAUGGCGGGCAUCUUGAAUGGAAUGCAAGCCGCCGCCCCUGCGCCGCAGCCGGGCGCCACUGACCCGACCGCAUUGCAGGUGGCCCUCAUCCAGCAGUUAAUCCAAAAGGGAGUGCCCGCAGACCAAAUUGCUGCUGUCGUGAAGGCCCUCGGGUCCAACACUCCCGCCGCUGCCCCUCAAGUAUCUCAGCCGAGUCAAGGCUCCUACCCGCUGCCCCCCAAUGGCACAAACGGCUGGGCACCUCCGAGGCCUGAUGACGCUCGUGCUCCUAGAUCUCCCACGAAUAGAACCCAUGGAAGGUCUCGUUCGCGAUCUCCGGGAAGACACUGGGAGCAUCGUGACUCUCCCCGUGGUCGUGAUGAUCGGCGCUUUGGGGACUAUGGGCGUAAUUCUCCACCGCGUGAUCGCUACGAUGAUCGUGACCGCAGUCGUCAGUACCGGCAACGGUCUCCUCCAGGACGUCAAGGCCACAACAGCCCUCGACGGGAUGAAAUGCCUGCCUUCCAGCAGCAAAAGUGGAUAGAGCACGAUCCAAGCCUGCCCAGCGGGUGCAUCAAGGUGCUGAGCCGCACUCUCUUUGUCGGCGGCGUGAACUGCUCUGAAAACGAGCUGCGGAACAUCUUCAAUGGCUUUGGUACCGUCCAGACGUGCAUCGUAAACAAGGAGAAGCGUCAUGCCUUCGUCAAGAUGUAUAGUCGUAAAGACGCUGUCAACGCCAAGGAGGCGAUGGACCAAGGUCGCAGCCCAGAUGCACAAUUGCGCACUCGUUGGGGCGUCGGCUUUGGACCUCGUGACUGCAGCGACUACCAGACUGGGAUCAGUGUUAUCCCUAUCCACAAGCUCACCGAGGCGGAUCGCAAGUGGAUGCUCACAGCGCCGUAUGGUGGAAGUGGUGGCCAGCCAAUCGCCCAGGGCAUGGUCGUCGAGGAGCCAGAUAUCGAGAUAGGCGCCGGCGUGUCAUCCAAAGCCAUCAGCAGACGCAUGCAGACGGACAAGGGCGGUAGCCAUGGCCCUAAAUCCUCUCAUCGCGACAAUGACGACCGCCCCGAGCGUGGCGGUCGCCAUGGCAGACGCGGGGGUGGAAGAGGCGACCAUCGACACCGCGAUGAAGACCGCCCGGCCAACAAUCACAACGCACCCGCCACCGAGCCAGUUGUUCCCGGGUUUCCAUAUGGCAUUUCCACCGACUCGAACGGCUUCCCCGUCUUCCCACCCGGCUUUGCGUUCCCAGCCCCCGAUGCGACCACCAAUCCUCCUUACUAG